UAAACCAAUUCCAAAUGUAGCCCAUGGAACCUCCCAAGAGAUCCUCCAUACUCUUUCUUUUUCCUCUCUGUAGCAACCCUGAAAGCUUUUAUGUUGAAGAUGGUGGCCAUACAAGAUGGAAGGAGCCAGUAUCUCCAAAUGACUUUGUGACAUAAAGCCUCCCUACCACCACACCCCAGCACUGAUUGGUUUGGAUGUGAUACCAAAGGUCCUUUUUGAGAUGGCAUCUGUGAUUCAGCUAUUCAGAACUUAAUGAAGUUGGUGACUCUAUGACCAUGUGGAGAAAUCAUGUCAGAAAAUGUAGUUUGUACUGGGGCUGUCAAUGCUGUAAAGGAAGUCUGGGAAGAAAGAAUAAAAAAACACAAUGAAGACCUGAAGCGAGAGAAGGAAUUUCAACAGAAGCUAGUGCGGAUCUGGGAAGAGAGAGUAAGCUUAACUAAGCUAAGAGAAAAGGUCAUCAAGGAAGAUGGGAGAAUCAUUUUGAAGAUAGAAAAAGAGGAAUGGAAGACCCUUCCUUCUUCUCUACUGAAACUGAAUCAGCUACAGGAAUGGCAACUUCAUAGAACUGGUUUGUUGAAAAUCCCUGAAUUUAUUGGAAGAUUCCAAAACCUCAUUGUAUUAGAUUUAUCUCGAAACACAAUUUCAGAGAUACCUCGAGGAAUUGGAUUGCUCACUAAACUUCAGGAACUAAUUCUUAGUUAUAACAAGAUCAAGACCGUCCCCAGAGAAUUAAGUCAUUGUGCCAGCUUGGAGAAACUAGAACUUGCUGUAAACAGAGACAUAUGUGAUCUUCCACAAGAGCUCAGCAAUUUGUUAAAGCUUACGCACCUUGAUUUGAGUAUGAACCACUUUACUACAAUCCCUCUUGCUGUGUUGAAUAUGCCUGCUCUUGAAUGGCUCGACAUGGGAAGCAACAAACUUGAACAACUUCCCGAUACUAUAGAAAGAAUGCAAAGCCUACAUACAUUAUGGCUGCAACGGAAUGAAAUAACAUGCUUGCCAGAAACAAUCAGCAAUAUGAAAAAUCUGGGUACUCUUGUUCUCAGCAACAAUAAACUGCAAGAUAUUCCAGUGUGCAUGGAAGAGAUGAACAAUCUGAGGUUUGUCAACUUCAGAGACAAUCCACUGAAAUUGGAAGUAACGCUUCCCCCCAGUGAAAGCCUGGAUGAAGAAGAGGAACGGGAAUUAUUUGGUCUUCAGUUUAUGCACGCAUAUAUACAGGAGUCACGGACGAAAGCAGAUAACCAAGUCAACUGUUCCACUACUUUACCAAACUCCAUAAAUACUGAUGGAUAAUUUAACUCAAGAUGCCCUGCUGAAGACAAUUACUUUGGGAAUUUGGUGAAUUCGCUAAUGUUUGGACUUUUAAAGUAAAAAGC